AUGAGGCAACAAGGAAUGUGCGAUGAAGACCAGAGAUUCAGAACAGCCCUCGAAAAUCUCAGAUACAAAUCAUGUAGCGAAGCUGAUAUAUCGCUUCUCAGAAGUCGCAUUGCUGGUCCACUGCCUCACCAACCAAAAUUGACUGAUAUAAAAUACCGUGGAGUGCCUAUAGUAACUCCCAGAAACGCACACAGAGACAAAAUCAAUGAGAUGGGUGCUAUUAGGUUUGCAACUGACAGCAAUCAAGAGUUGGUGACGUUCAGAUCUAGGGACAAAUACGCAAGAACACAAGAGUUUAUCUCUGUAAGAAAAACCCAGAAAGCACAUAAUCGCGCAUUGGACCCCAUAAGAAAGAGUAAUACGCUGAGUCCCGAUAUACAACAGAUGGUAUGGGACUUACCCCCCUGCGCCACUGGUCAGCACGCCGGAUUUCUCAGCAUAUGCUUGGGUAUGCCUGUCAUGCUGAAGUAUAACGAGGCCACAGAGCUGUGCGCCACAAAUGGGGCAGAGGCCGUAGUGGUUGGAUGGAAGGAGGCACCAUCAAGUGAUGGACAUCGAUACCUGGAUACUAUAUUCGUAAAGUUGCAGAAUCCACCUCGAGUGCAGAGGCUACCAGGACUUCCUAAGAACGUCAUCCCAAUCGUUGCGGCUACACGUACCGUCAAGUGUGACUUACUAGACAAAAAUGACAACUUGCGUAUCGAGAGGAGACAGGUGCAGGUUUUACUCAACUUUGCAAUGACUGACUUUCAGUCUCAAGGUCGCACUCGUCCAAUUAAUCCUGUUGACUUGUACAACUGCAGUGGAUUUCAAUCCGCAUAUACAUGUUUAUCUAGAGGCACAUCCCUAAGUUCGACGAUCAUAAUACAGCCAUUUAAGGAAGAUAUUCUCAAAGGCGGCGCUCCAGGUCACAUCCGAGCAGAAUUCCGUGAAUUAGAGAUCUUGGAUCAUAUCGGAUACCUUCGCCAUAAAGGCAUGCUACAUAGGGAAGUUCGUGGAGAGACGAGGCUUGACUUGAUAAAAUCCUACGAACGUGUAUACGGGAAGAGAUGUGUGCCUGAGAACGUACACUCUAAACUAGACUGGACCUCAUGGGAUAAAGACGAUCUGAGACUUCCCGAGGAUCUACAGAACUGGAAACAACGAAAACUACCUCCCCAAGAGGUGGAUAUGGGCUGUAAUACCGGUGGAACUAAACGAAAAAUACCUGACUCCGGAGAGAAUAUUCAAUCAAGCCCCAAACGACCUCGUAUCAAGAGCCAUGAUGCAACCGCUAUGACCCAUUUUCAACCAAUAGGAUGUCGAUGGGAUUCUGAGAACUACAGUUGUGCAUAUGAUAGUGUUAUUUUUAUUCUGUACAACCUCUGUGUUGAUCUAGGAAAAUCCGCGUUUAAGCAAUUGAUGCCAAGUAAUGACAUCUCGAAGAUUUUGAGAAGAAAAGCAGCUUCGUCUUCAUCUCUACAUACUGUCAGCAAUAUGGAAGAAACACGAGAAUGUAUCAGAGAUCACCUAUCUUCCGUAAAUAUUGAACAGUUUCCGAGGUAUGGUCACGUGUACUCAUCUGCGGCAGCGGUGGCUUCAUUUUUUGCUCAAAAGAAGCGUAAAAAUUCCUUGUUGACAAGAUCUUGCUGUGGAUUAAUGACUCAGAAGAGAAUCACUACCGGCAUCUGGCAUGUUGGUGAGGAUACAUAUAAAAACUCAGUAGGACUGCAUUUUGGCGCAGAAGAGACAGUUACUAAGAUUAGCAGCUCACAGUGGAUACGACUGCUCACCCAUAAAUAUAAUACUAGCAAGAUCUGCUCUUCAUGCCGUCACUCGAUUAUUGAUACCAUCAGCAUUCAAACCCCUCCUGGAGUCAUGAUUAUCUGUCUACCUGACUCGUCUCCAGUGAAAACAUCGGUAGAGAAAACUAUGACAAUACCAGAUCGUUGUCCGAAUAUAGAGUGGCGCCUCCGAGGUGCGGUUUACUACAAACCUAAUCACUUCGUUGCCAGAUACAUUGAUGGGGAAGGAGUUCCAUGGUAUCAGGAUGGGAUGGCAUCAGAG